CCGCCGCGGAGGCGGAGCGGCUGCGUGGGGUGGUCGCGCGCCUCGGGCGGCGGGGUCAGCGGAGGAGGCGGGCGGGCCGACGGCAGGUGCAGUCCCUGAAACAUGUGCAGCGGCGCACGCAUCCCGUGUUCAGAGCUAAUUUGGCUUGAGGGGGAACUCUCUCGAGAUCAGCGCUUCGUGACUGGUUUCCUGACAAAGGAUUUUUAAAGUAUCAAGAAUGGCCAGCAAGAAGGAGCCUCCUUUCUUCAAUGAGGACAACAUGGGGCCAUUUUAUUGCAAACUUCCUCACUGUGGAGCUAUGGAGCUCUUCAUUGAAACCCUCGCGGGAACGUGCUUUGAGCUGCAGGUAUCUCCUUUGGAAACGGUGGUUUCUGUCAAGGCCAAAAUCCAGCGAUUGGAAGGUAUUCCGGUAUCUCAGCAGCAUUUAAUCUGGAAUAACAUAGAGCUGGAAGAUGACUAUUGCCUGAGUGACUACAGUAUUGCGGAAGGUUGCACUUUGAAGCUGAUCCUGGCCAUGCGAGGGGGGCCGAUUAAUACUCGAAGAGUUCCUGUGGAAGACCCAAUUAGGGAAAUAACAGAAUACAUGGAUUCCAGUCGCGACGAUGUCUGGGAGAAGGGUCCAUGCAGUAAACAGAUAGCCUUUUUGAUAUUGCGGGAAGGAGACCACGUGAAUUUCUUCCGUGUUAUAGACAGGGGAGAUGGAACAGUAACCCCCUUGUCUGAAUCGUUAAGCGGUGGUUCGAUUUAUAAUCUGUACCCUGAUGAUGAUGAAGAUGCAGAGGUCUCUCCCUCUGGCCAGCAGACCAUGGAGAACUCCGUGACGAUGAAUAAAAUGAAGCUGCUCAAGGCCAAGAUGGAGAGCAUGAAUCUCAGCAGAAAGCCUAAGAAGCUCAUAAAAGUGUUUCCCCAUCCUCCAGCAGCUCCACGCCCGACCAGUGGAUCAGUAGCAGCUGCUCGUAACCGCUUUCUCCAGGCGCUCCCUCAGAUUGGACAGCCUUGCUUACCGCCUGCUGGGAAUCCGUUUCCCUCAGAAUUCCCUCAGAGAGCACUUUCCAUUUUGGGCACAGUCGGUCGAAGGAUGCCCGUGAUGACCGGUGACUUCCUUAAAGGAAGCGACAAAGGGGAGGCCGGUUCCCAGCCUCAGCUAGUCGGCACCCCGAGGCCGAGGCCCAAAAUACCGUGUACAGAACAAGAAGCUAAAUUUCCUCCAGACAACAGGGCGUUAAUCUCAGCUCUGCUCACAGAUUCGGAAAACAACGCUGAAAACGAGGGAGGUCCUGUGUUUUGCCCAAAUCUCAGACACGUGGAUUUGCAUGCCACAGAAGAAAAGCCCAAUUUGGUCCCUAACGCAGAUGCUUUGGCGUUAACAGAAGCAAACACUGAGGAGCCAGGCAGUGAACUAUGUGUGGAAAAGGUGAACGCAGAGGCGGCCAGGAUUUCUGGUGGGGACGAAGACUGUAACACUGCAGAACUGUCUCUCAAGCCCAGGGUAAAACUUCUGAACGCAGAAGCAGCAGAGGCCAGCGCUCUCCCUUCUCACGAACUCACCUCUCAGAAGAACGCGGGCCUUUCACCUUUUCAGUGUUUGGCCCAAGUGACACGCUGCAGCCCUUGGAAACUUCAGCCCCCCUCCAGGUCCUUUGAGACUGGCAACUUCAGGUCUGCCGCCCCACCGAAUGUGUUGCGCUCUCUAGAGGUGCACAAUGUAGCGGACUCCUCUUACACCAGGAGUCCUAGAUACCAGAGCCUCAGAAUGGACUCACCUAUUAAAAGACCCGAUGACCCUUCUAAAACAGAGGCAAGGGAAAUGGCAGAGGUGGCCGUCAAGGCUUCGAAGGAACCCGUUAUUUCUGUUAACAACAACAUUGGAUUUCUCACAUCGCUGGCCCGGAGCACAAACAGGGACGGCUUGCAGAAUUCCUGGGGCGCAAGCCGUUUUCGGACUUCUGGUAUUGCACUAACUACAAACUUCCAACAUUUUCAGGAAGACGGCUUUGGAGCGUCACCUCACAAUGACAUGCCUGGAUAUUUCUUAUCUCCUGGGCUUGGAUUAAAUGCAAAUAUGGCUGCUGGGAAAAGAAUAGCUGGCGAUGCAGCCCGUCUCCCACCCGUGAAUAGUUCUGCUCAGACGAAGAAGAAAAUAGCAAAACACUGCUGCUUCUGCGGAAAGAAAACGGGACUAGCAACUAGCUUCGAAUGCAGAUGUGGAAACAACUUCUGUGCAACACACCGCUAUGCAGAGACUCACUCCUGUACUUACGACUACAAGAACGCAGGGCGGCGGUACUUGCAAGAAUCCAAUCCUGUGGUCAGCGCUCCCAAACUUCCCAAAAUCUAAGCCUGGCUGCUAGGCACGCAUCUGGAAUCCCGCCAUCCAGAGUGAAGCGGCUGCAUCUUGGGCCGCUGACCUUGGCCUGUGCUUCCAACCUGAGAUUGGCCAAGUCGCCAAAUGCCGCCAGGCUGUGAGCGAUGGAAGAAUAGUGCAAACACAACUGUCGCUGUCAUCUUGAUUCUCGAAUCGAAAGUUUUAAAAGUAGUUUUUAAAAAUGUACAUUCCGAUUUAACUGUGUUAUAUAUGUCUUGUCACAAGUGUUUUAUAUUUGAGAAAGCUCUUCCACCAGACAGGUCUUUUAAAAGAUGCACUUUAUUGGAAGUUUUAAUAUAAAUUUUAUAUCCAGACAAGAGGAGGAUCUGUACUGAGGAUUUCAGGUCUUUGGUGUUCUACCAUGCUUUUCUGUCCACUGUGUGGUAUCUUAAAUUAUUUCAGCAAGUUCCUCUUUCCAUCAAAUUCAUCUUUCAGGUUUUAGGGAGGGUUGUGUUUGCUGCCCUGGGUUCCCUGUACCUUGGCAGCCAAAUAUGGUGUGUCCAGUCUAGAAAUAUAUCCUGCUAUUUCUUGUGCAGGAGAUUUUAAAACAAACGUUUACCUUGUUCUCAUUAAAUACAAAAUGCACCUUAUUUUUCCUUUUCUGAGCCUUUGCAGCUUGGUUUGUUAGAUGUGUUGACUGCUGUUAUGAGAAAAAGCAAAUCAAAUAAAUAUCACAUUUCUGUGCCAUUUUAAAA